AUGGAUGGUACAGUCGAGACUAUCAAGGCCAGCUUACCUCUACCAAAGGUUAAAAGUACAUGCAAACUUGACCCAGACACUGGCCCGUUUCCUUCCCAAGCUGUUCAGCCUAUUGAUUUAGCCACAGUCAGUCCUCUACAUAACAGCAAGUCACACGAGAAUGCCGUGAAAAAAGAGGUCACUGAAAGAAAUAAAGGCGUUAAAGGAGAGGUCAAGGAGUCGCAUGAGGAUACUGCUAAAGAUGAAGCCAAUGAAUCUCGUAAAUUUGGUACUACAGAUGAAGUAAUUUCUCCUGAGUGA